CCCGUGCCCUCCUAACUUUGGUGCCAGCCCACCUACGUCAAGAGGGUUGUACUCAACGGGCCCGUUACCGUAACGCCAUUGGUUCAUAUUCUAUGUCACGUGAUCCUCUACAAGAGGUGCCCUCCGGCUUCCUCUCCUUUUACUUGUGUGCUCUAAAGAAAAGAGACAGUAGUAACAACAGAGACACGCCAUGCACACACUACGAGAGUGAACGUUUGGGAGAGAAGUGAAAAAGAUCCCCGUGUGGAUAUAUAUAUUUCAAGAGAGAGUAACGUCCUCCACCUCUCGCGCUAAGUUCUGCCUUAUAAUCUCCCAAACCAUCUCAUCGUCUCCACCUUCUUCUUCUUCUUCUUCUUCAUCUUACCUCUUCUUUCUCCUUCAUUUCGCGUACGCUGUACGAUCGGAACAGUUUGCAUUCUUGAAUCCUCGGGAUUUUCCUUUCAAAAGUGUUUUAGUGAAUUGUGAUUGUAAAAAGUGCAAUUGAAAAAGUGAUUUUUGUUCAAUUUUCGAGACAGAUUUUUCAAAGUCAAAAAAACAUUUUGUGAAAGUGUUUUUUGUGAUAUGGUAUAGCAUUAAAUUAGUGCGUGAUUUGUUUUCAUGCGAGGACAACAACAGACGCUUCAUCAAGAAGAGAGUAAUUAUCAUCAGACGCAUUUAAGUGGUUCACAAUUGGACCAACUUGAGGGUCUGAUUGGAGAUAAGGAGCUUGUAUCCGUGAAGACGAGGUCCCCGACACCCGUCCUGGCGAACGACGGAGGGGGUGGUGGCUUCUGGCUGGCCUCGGUGGCCGCGGGGGCCGGGGCUGGAGCCGUUUUGCCCCCGCACGGGGCUCAUCCAGUAAUGGACCCAAAUUGCGGAUCAGCCGAGACUGGCUUCAUUAAUAGUCAACCGUCAAUGGCCGAAUUUAUGACCGCAUUACCCCAAUUGUCGGGCGAUGGUUCUCUUCAGCAUUCGCCUGGUGCUGGAGGACCAAUGAGCCCCGGUGGUCAUCAUUCUGGUUAUCAUACAAUGAUUGAUCCACAUGGGGUCGCGGACCCAUCAGGUGUCAAUGUUCCUGAAUAUCCUUGGAUGAAGGAGAAAAAAACCACAAGGAAGAGUAAUCAGCAAGAAAAUGGCCUUCCAAGAAGAUUACGAACUGCUUACACGAAUACUCAACUUUUGGAACUUGAAAAGGAAUUUCAUUUUAAUAAAUAUCUCUGUAGGCCAAGACGAAUAGAAAUAGCCGCUUCGUUAGAUUUAACGGAAAGGCAGGUUAAAGUCUGGUUUCAAAAUCGUCGAAUGAAACAUAAACGUCAGACACUAACAAAAGAAGACGGUGAUGAAAAAGACGGGACAUCAUCGGAUGGAUUAGAAAAACCGAAGGGUGAAAAAAUGUUAAUAAUGGACGAUGAUGAGAAAAAGAGUUGCCACAAUUGUGAUAUUUCCGGUGUUGGUGAUGUGGGUAGUACUCUUUCCGGUGAAAUUGGUGAACUAUCAUCAGGUCGAGGAAGUAAUAGCAACAAUAAUAAUACUCUAAGUGCAACAAAUAAUAAUACAGGCUUCAAUACAAAUAGCAAUGGUGCAAGUAGUGUAGGCAGUACAAAUAGCGUUUCAAGUUCAUUUGAGAAAAUGAUCGUCGACGAUGAUUCACGAUCACAAGAUGGUAGCGAAGUAACAUCACCGAGUUUAGUGAAAAAAUUAACAGGCGAAGUUCGAGUUAAAGUUGAAGCCGGUCAUAAGAGUCCAAAUCCAGUGAAACAAAUUGUUGGUAAAAAAUCACCAUCAACUAAAGAUAUGUGUUCAGUAAAAAGCAAUGGUGUAUUGUUAGCAUUACCUGAUUCAACAGUAAGUACACCUGGACAGGGACUUCCAAGUCAAGCUUCAUCGACAAGAAGUCUAACACCUUCAUCAACACCAGGAACACCAGCCUCUGUACAAAUACAACAGGAGAGUCCAUUAAGCAUUCAAACUCCACAUACCUAUAUGCAAAGACCACGAAGUUCUCCAUCUUCAACAACUUCGGUGCCAACUUCCAUUUUACAUGGUUCUUCAAAUACAGGAACCAUGUCCCCUCACAGUAGAAGCAAUCAAGCUCACUUUCAACAAAAUGUUUAUCCAUCAACAGACUAUCGUAACGGAUUACCCAAUAGACAAACGGUUCAACAAACAAACACCUACUGCUCAAGGGAUUAUCAACAACAAAGGGUACCCUACUCCGGUGAAAUUCAUCCAAUGUACGUUAGACAAAAUCAAAUACAACGAACAAAUCAUCAUCAACGAACAGGGACAAAUAGAUCUAUUUAUAAUUCAAUGCAAUAUCAUCAACAACAAUAUGGUACAGGUGAAUACAACGGAUAUAAUCAAACAAACUCGUACCACGAUUCCUAUCACAGAAAUAUGCAGAACAGUACCUACAACCAACAGGGUUAUACCACUGGUCAAACUGAACCCGAAGGUUACACUGGUUACGCUUAUCCUACAACCGGGUCAUAUCACACCUCCGAGACAAUGAAUUCCCACAGCAUUAAUUCACACAAUGGACAACACUACUAUGGAGAUGUGCAACAGCAACAGCAUAAUUCUGAUUAUAUUUCUCAUCAGACCUCUUCAUUACAUUCCACAAGCGGUGAUUAUAGAAGAGGAAACAAAUUGCAUGCCAAUUAUUACGAGCAAACAAAUCAGAUGCAGAUUCAUCAAGGUGGUGAGGCAUCAAAUAUACCAAAUAGUUAUGUUUCCUCACCUGAUCAAUUCCCAUCAGCGCCUGGUAUAACAACAACUGCUACUGCAAUUGCCGCUGCUACUGCUGCUGUUAUUACACCACCAUGCAAUACCAAUCAAACGGAAACAACUGCCGAGAAUUAUGGAAAUUUUGGUAAUUUCUAUAAUGAACAAGUACACAAUAAUGCACCACCACCAUCAGCUGACAAUAGUAAUAGUUCAUCUGAUUUUAAUUUUCUCAGUAAUCUUGCUAAUGAUUUUGCACCCGAGUACUAUCAACUCAGCUGAGUUGAAAAUCC